UUUGUUUACAUUGUCUGUAGUAAAAACUGUGGACAAUUACUAAAAGAAAGUCCACAGCCAAGUGAAGAAUUAUCAGUAACACAAUACAUCUACUUAGUUGCUGGUAGGUGUAUUUUGCAGGUAGUUUUUUGCUUCGUUACAUCAAACACAUUUUGAAAUUUCACAUAAGAAAAAUGAAUCACUUUAAUUAUAUUGUCCCAUCUGUUGCUAUGUGACUUGACUGAAAUGUGAAAUGGAAUAAAUUCAGCCUCAUUGAUGCAUAUUUUAAGAUUUUUCAUUCUUUCCUUAAUGGAUCACAUCAAGUUAAUUAACAAUCUAAAUUAAUGAACCACCUGCUUUGAUAUUUUUCAUAAUGAGCUGAAAUCAGCACAUAAUGUGUGUAUUUAUCCACCACCUCCCUCAGCCUCUUUGAGCAUCUUUCAUUGAUUUUCUUUGAGAAUCUGAUCACGAUGAAAACUUGUCUCCUCCUCAGAGUUUUGCAGGGACGUGGUGCAGCUGCCUCCUCCUCCACAGAGCUCAGAUGGGCGCUGCUUGUGUUCAGCUCCUGUUUGCCGCCACCCUGUGGAUGAUGCCUCACAUGGGAGCCACCGCUGCCGCUGCUGCUGCUGUGCUGUCGAGCUCCACAGAGCUGCUCAACGCGUCCAGAGCUGGAGCUGAGACACAGGCUGACGUCAGGAUGCUCACUGGAGCUGCCGGUGUGUCUCGCAGCAGACGUAAGAGGGCCAUUUCAUCUCGAGAGAUAAACGCCCUGCUGAAUUACCACAACCGAGUCCGCUCUCAGGUCAUCCCCCCUGCAGCUAAUAUGGAGUACAUGCUCUGGGAUGAAGGAUUGGCUAACUCAGCUGACUCCUGGGCUUCACUAUGCAUUUGGGAUCAUGGUCCGACACAAGCCAUGAAAUAUAUGGGCCAAAACCUGUCAAUCACUUCAGGAAGGUACCAGUCUAUCACUGAUCUUCUCAGGUCCUGGUAUGAUGAGAGGCACCAUUUCUCUUACCCCAACAGAUGCAGUGGAUCUGUGUGCUCUCACUAUACUCAGAUGGUUUGGGCAAGCACCAGCAGAGUGGGAUGUGCCGUCAGGAAGUGCUCCAACAUGUACGUGUUUGGGAGCGCAUGGAGGGAGGUAACGCUGCUCGUCUGCAACUACUCUAUAAAAGGAAACUGGGUGGGAGAAGCUCCCUAUAAGACGGGGAGGCCUUGUUCUCUCUGUCCGUCCAGUUAUGGCGGCUCCUGCUGGAGAAACCAGUGCUCACCAAACACAAGAACCAGAAGACUUUUAAGAUAUUAA